AUGUUCAAGAAGCUCAAAGCCACAACAUCAAGCCUUGCAACCAAUGUUAAGGAUAAGGUCGAUAAUGUAAAGGAUAAGGUCACUGAUAAGGAGAAGAUAACAUAUGUAGUUCAACCAUUGGACUCUAAUCAUAUAAAGGGUGGCUUCGUCGUAGCCAUUGGUAGUAACCAAGAGAAUCAAAUGGCGUUGGGUGCCAAGCCUGUUGUCCAACUCAAGACUCCCACUGGACUACCCUGCUCAUAUCCCCUCAACGUCGCAUAUGUUGCUGCUGGUGCCGAUCACAUCUACUUUGUAUCCAAGGAUGGCAAGCUAUACUAUACAGGCUCGAACAAGUUUGGUCAGUUGGGUUCGAUGAAUGCCAGCAGCGCAGACAGUGCAUUGCAGAAUACAAACACCAAGGUCAGCAAGGCGAAGCAUGUAUUCGCUGGAGCAUAUCAUACAACAUUCCUUUCGGAUAAGGGAGAGCUAUUGAUCAGUGGCAAGGGCGACCUCAAUGGAACCUCGAGCGAUGAGAACAAGUACACUCCCAACCCAGUGCCAGCACUGUCCAACAAGAAGGUCACUCUCUACGCCACUGGUAACAGACAUUCAGUUGCAGUUGAUGAGCUUGGAAACCUAUUUGCAUGGGGCAGAGGCGAUCUUUUGGGCAUUGGAAGCUUCAUUGUCGUCAAGAAGAUCACCACGUUCAAGUAUGAGCCAGUGUCAGUCGACUGUGCCACAUUCCUCACCUACAAGAUCAAGCAGAUUGCUUGUGGAGAUGAGCACACUGUUGCCUUGUUGCAGAAUGGAAGUAUAUUCGCAUGGGGAAGAGGUGAGGAUGGACAGCUUGGCCAUGGCGUCAAGGAGACAAGACAUUCGCCUAUACAUAUUGAUUCACUGCAGCCAUACAAGAUAACAUCGAUCUCCUGUGGAAUGAACAGCUCUGCCGCCAUCACCACGGACAAUGACUGUUACGUUUGGGGACACUACUUUGCACCAAAGAUGACACCAGAGUUGCUUUCUUCAUCCGGCACACCAAUACGUAAUGUUCAACAGAUAUCACAGAGUGGAUAUUAUAACAUUGUACUUGCUGAACAAAAUGACAUAUACACAUUCGGAGCUGACUACAAGGUGGCAACUGAGGCCAUGUGGAACCCAACCAAGCUGAAGUUUGACGAUCCAUUCAUCUUGACCAAGAAGGUCACUCAAGUCGUAGCCUCUCAAUCAAACUAUUAUUUGAUUGUUUAUGAGGGUUCCGCCAUCGAUAACAAAGUACAGGGUCUUGACUAUGGACAGGCAUUGUCCAAGAAGGAUAUGAAGAGUGCACCAGCAGUUGAGAUGUCACAACAACAAAAGAACCUGAACUCAUUGCUUGGAGCACGAGCCAAGCCCACUACAAGAGCCAGCUCGACCUCCACCACAUCGACCACCUCCACCGCCUCCACCAAGGUGGACCUCAGUGACAUUGGCAAUCGUAUUGCCAACAUUGAAAUUGACCACGACUCUGACAAUGAUGAAGAAGAUGAUGAAGAUGUCCUCUAA